AUGGCCCCGAUUGAACUGGCCCGACGCUCCGGAGGCGCCAUGACGAGCAUCCUCCGACGCGCCAGCAGCGUCGCCGGCUCCGGCCUCGGCGCCGCCAGCGUCCCUCGCGCGGUCUGCGCAACAGCCGCGGCACGACAGUUCUCGAGCGUCAAGUCCCUGCCGCCGACGUACGAGCGGCUCUUCAACAAGUACACGGAUGUGCGGCGCGUCCUCGGCGCCCAGCGGCUGACGCUGGCCGAGAAGAUCCUCUACAGCCAUCUCGAUAACGUGGAGGAGUCGCUGCUGAGCAAUACGGACAAUGGACGCAGCAUCCGUGGCAAGGCGAACCUGCGGCUCAAGCCCGACCGCGUCAACAUGCAGGACGCGUCUGCGCAGAUGGCGCUGCUGCAGUUCAUGUCCUGCAACCUGGAGCGGCCAGCAAUUCCUGCUAGCAUCCACUGCGAUCACUUGAUUGUAGGCUCCAAGGGUGCGGACAGUGAUCUUUCAGCCGGUAUCGAGACAAAUAAGGAGGUUUUCGACUUUCUGGAGUCGGCGGCGCGCAAGUUUGGUAUGGACUUCUGGCCCCCCGGCGCCGGCAUCAUCCACCAAACCGUCCUCGAGAACUACGCUCUUCCUGGUCUCAUGAUGCUCGGAACGGACAGUCAUUCGCCCAAUGCCGGAGGCAUGUGCACUGUUACUAUCGGUGUCGGUGGUGCAGACGCAGUUGAGGCUCUCGUCGGUGCGCCGUGGGAGUUGAAGGCUCCCAAGGUGCUUGGUGUUGAGCUAACGGGCAAACUCAACGAUUGGGUGGCACCCAAGGACAUUAUUCUACGUCUGGCCGGCGAGCUCACUGUCCGAGGUGGUACGGGCUCUAUUAUUGAGUAUUUUGGUCCUGGUGUCGAGACCCUGAGUCUGACGGGCAUGUCAACCGUGUGCAACAUGGGAGCCGAGGUCGGCGCGACGACGUCGAUUUUCCCUUACACGGAGGCGUCGGCGCGGUACCUCCGGUCCACCCGCCGCGCCCAGGCCGUCGAAAACAUCAAUACCCUGCAGAGCUUCCCCGGGGCGGGCACGUCCGAGGACGCCAAGUUCCGGUUCAAGGCCGACAAGGGCGCCGAGUACGACCAGGUCAUCAAGAUCAACCUCUCGGAGCUCGAGCCCCACAUCAACGGACCCUUCACCCCAGACCUGGCCACACCCCUGUCCAAGUUCAAGGACGUCGUCAAGGACCAGCAGUGGCCCGAGAAGCUCUCUGCCGGCCUCAUCGGCAGCUGCACCAACAGCUCCUACGAGGACAUGACGCGCGUCGAGAGUCUCCUCAAGGAGGCUGCCGGCGCUGGGCUCAAGCCGGCGGCCGACUUCUACAUCACCCCCGGCAGCGAGCAGAUUCGCGCGACCCUCGAGCGCGACGGGACCCUCGAGACGUUUGAGGGCGCCGGCGGCAUCGUGCUGUCCAACGCGUGUGGUCCCUGCAUCGGCCAGUGGAAGCGACACGACGGCGUCGAAAAGGGCACGUCCAAUGCCAUUCUCACAUCGUACAACCGCAACUUCCGCGGUCGCAACGACGGCAACCCCGAGACGAUGAACUUCCUCGCAUCGCCCGAGAUCGUCACGGCCAUGGCUUUCGCCGGCUCGACGACGUUCAACCCCAUGACCGACGCGCUCAAGACCCCCGACGGCAAGGAGUUCCGCUUCUCCCCGCCCCACGGCCUCGAAGGCCCCGAGACGCCCUUCGAGUCCGGCGUCCCGUCGCUCGGUGUCCUGUCGCAAGACGCCGACCCGAGCGUCCAGGUCGCCAUCUCCCCCUCGUCGGAGCGCCUCGCCUUCCUCGAGCCAUUCGAUCCCUUCCCGCAGUCCGACCUCAGCGGGCUCCGCGUCCUCGUCAAGGUCACGGGCAAGUGCACCACCGACACCAUCUCGGCGGCCGGCCCCUGGCUCAAGUACAAGGGCCACCUGCCCAACAUCAGCACCAACACGCUCAACACGGCCGUCAACGCCGAGACGGGCGAGGUCAACGUCGCCUACGACCUCGACGGCAGCAAGCACACCAUCCCCGACCUCGGCGCCCUCUGGAAGGAGCGCGGCCAGGAGUGGCUCGUCGUCGCCGAGCACAACUACGGCGAGGGCUCCGCCCGCGAGCACGCCGCCCUCCAGCCCCGCUACCUCGGCGCCCGCGUCGUCCUCACAAAGUCCUUUGCCCGCAUCCACGAGACCAACCUCAAGAAGCAGGGCGUCGUGCCCCUGACCUUCGCCGACGAGGCCGACUACGACAAGAUCUCGGCUGGCGACGAGGUCAGCACCGUCGGCCUGUACGAGAUGCUGCAGAACGGCGGCAAGGGCGACGUCUUCCUCCGCGUCAAGCGCGCCGGCGCCGACGAGGUGCUCAUCCCGACCAAGCACGCCGUCACCAAGGACCAGGCCGGCUUCAUCCUCGCCGGCAGCGCGCUCAACCUGCUGUCCAAGGGUAUUUGA